AUGCCAGAACUUUCAACAACAACGACAUUUGAACAUAAAAAAUCUGAACUUAAUAAUAUUAAAAAUAUCAGAGGUACUAAGAAAAUGGCAACUCAAACAAGUAUUUUACACAACAACAAUAAACCAAAAAAGUUUGUCCCUGCACCAGUUUCUGAUUAUUCCGAUUCUGAACAAGAAGCCAGCGGUAGUCAGGCUUUCAUAGAGGAAUAUGGGCCUGGUUAUGAAACUGAAACAGAGGAUCUUGAACCGGAAGAGGCUCGAGAAACACUUCAGCUUGAACAAUUGGUUAAAGCCGGCUAUCUGCAUAAAAAACAAGAGAGACGAAAUGUGCGAGGAAAGCAUUGGAAACGUCGUUGGUUCGUGCUAAGGUCUACGAAAUUAGCAUAUUAUAAAGAUGAAAAGGAAUAUGAACUUCUUCGCAUCUUGGAUAUGAACGAUGUGCACGCAGUCGCAGAAGUAGAACUUAAACACAAAUCCAAUGUAUUUGGAAUAUUCACAUCAAAGCGAACAUACUACAUUCAGGCUAAUGACAAAAAAGAGCUAUAUGAAUGGGUUGAUGCAUUGAACAAAGUAAAAACACAAGUUCAAGAUGAGGAAGAGUUGAUGGAAGACGAAGACGAAGGAAGUCAGGCCGAUAGUGAAGAGAUGGCUUCUAAGCAGGCGAGAAUUGCUACACCAAAACGACCUUCUAAAUUGGCUCAUAGGGAACCUCCUCAGCUUCGAGUCAAUUCAUCGACAUCUGCUUCUACAAUACUGGAACAACCACUUGCAAUGUCACCUGUAAACGCUACUCCGGUUGUUGAUAUACCUUUGGUUCAAGGGAAUAACAAUAUUCAUACUAGCGGCGAAGGCAAUGCGUCGGUUUCUUCAAAUAAUUCGGUAGCGUCAUAUGGAAAUGUACCGUCAAUACCAUCAAGCCCUUCCGCAGGGAAUUUUCCGCCACCAGAAAGAAAAGACAGUAGCGAUCCAACUGCUAGCUCUGAGGAUGAAGACGGUAUAUAUGAGGGAGUACCGUCAAAUAGUGCUGGAAUUUUCGGGGAUGAAUCAGAGAAUAAUCAACCGAUAUAUUCCGGCUAUUUAUAUAAAUUAAGUAAUAGAUACAAGACUUGGAAAAAAAGAUGGUUUGUACUUAGGACCAAUACUCUGAAUUAUUAUAAAAAUGAAAAGGCUCUUCGAGUAAUAUCUCUGGGUGUGAUUCUCGUUGCUAUGAAAACAGACUCAAUGUCUAGAUCUAAGAAAAACUGCUUCAAAAUAAUUACACAAAAGCGCGCAUUUAUUGCAUGUGCACCAAAUGAAGAGGCUGAACGUGCAUGGCUGGACGCUUUACAAACAGCCUUGAACAGAACAAAAGAAAAACAAAAAGAGGAAGAAAAUUUUUUUCAGUCGUCAGUCAUCGAAUCGACUGCUUAA